AUGAACGAAACUCUGCUCUGGGCCCCGGGGUGGUUCGGGGCCCAGGGCCCGGGCCAGGUAGAUGGUGAGAGCAGCCCCGAGAGGAAGGAGCUGGGCACCGCCCGCUGGGCGCUGAGCGCGAUGGUCCUGUUCACCUGUGCGGGUGGCAUUGUGGGCAAUGGCCUGGUGGUCUGGCUGCUGGGCUCCCAGGGGCAGAGGAGCCCCUUUAGUGUCUAUGUCCUCCACCUGGGCGUGGCGGACCUCCUCUUCCUCCUCUGCAUGGCCUCCAAGGUCAUCCUGAAUUGCUUCCGGCUGGGCGUCACAGGCCACAUGGCCCUGGAGAUGGUGAGCAGGGGAAAGUACUUCACCUACACGGCCGGCCUGAGCCUGCUGACCGCCAUCAGCAUGCAGCGCUGCCUCUCCGUCCUCUUCCCCAUCUGGUACAAGUGUCGCCGGCCCCAGCACCUGUCGGCCAUGGUGUGCGCGCUGCUCUGGGCGCUGUCCCUCCUGCUCAACACACUGGCCGCGUUCUUCUGCAGUAAAUUCUGGGGCUGGGACAAGCGGCACUGCUUCACGAUUGACUUGGUCAUCAGCAUCCUCCUCAUGGGGGUCUUCACGCCCCUGAUGGCCGGGUCCAGCCUCAUCCUCUGCGUGCGGGUGCAGAGGAGCUCCACGGAGACCCACCGGCGGCCCACACGGCUGUACGCGACCAUCCUGGCCUGCGUCCUGGUGUUCCUCGUCUUCGCCCUGCCCCUCGGCAUCCAUUGGUUCUUCAUCUACUGGCUGGACCUGCCCCAGCGGACGAAGACUCUCUCCGGCCUACUUGCCCGCCUCUUCUCGGCCUUGAGCAGCAGCGCUAACCCUGUCAUCUACUUCCUGGUGGGCAGGCGGAAGAGGCAGGGUCUACGGGAGCCCCUGGGGGCCGUGCUGCGCAGGGCGCUGAGGGAGGAGCCGGAGCUGGAGGGGAGGGAGACGCCCUCCACCACCACCACCACCGACCCAGGGGCCUGA